GUGGCGUACGGAGUAGGAGUCAACUUAAUGUUGUUGAGUCGUUGUUCUUGUUUAAGCAUGCAUGUUCUAGGAAGUUUCUUGGUUAUUUGGUUAAUAUUAAUAAUAUACUCUGUAUUAAAUUAUGUCAUACUAUGAAUUCAUGAAUUUCCACCCUUAAGGAUGUUUAAUCCUAUGUAUAUAAUCAAAUCAACAUUUCUUUGGCAUGAUUAGAUUUUAGAUACCUGAAUCUAUGAGUUAAAAGUCAACACUUCCACAAAUGUCUAUCCUUUGACUUUUCUUCAUAUUUCUGUUGAGAUUUAUACCUUUAUCUUUUGUUGUUAAUCUUUUGACUUUACUCAAUUUCCCCCCUUUUAUCGAUUUAAACAUCUUCUUACUUGAUUUUACCUGUUGAUGUUUAUGUUAGUUUGGAUUUUGGUUUUGCUAUUUCAUUGCACACCAACUGUUUGAUAUUUUGUCUGUUAGAAACUCCGUGAUUUUCUGAAAAGUAUUGAUUUUUUUUUGGUUUUAAAAAAAAUGUAUUUUGUUCCUGAAGAAGAGUAUCCAAGCUUUUCAAGCUCUGAAAGAUGUGUCAAUGAAAAUGGGUGUUUUCAAAACUAUGGUUUAUACGAAGAACCCAUCUCUGUAAAUGACCCACUAUAUGAUCAAUACUAUCAAACCCAUGAAGAAAAUUCAGAGAUACCCGAUUUUUCUGAUGCAUGUCUUAAGUACAUGAAUGAUAUUCUCAUGGAAGAGGAUAUGGAUGAUAACCCUGCUACUUUGCAGGAUUAUCAUGCACUCCAAGCCACUGAGAAGUCAUUCUAUGAUGUUCUUGCAGGGGAGACAUACCCGCUUUGUCCCGAUCAAAGGCCGUUGUCAGAUGAUCUCAACACAAACUCCAGCAAUCAAGGGAGUAGUGGUUGCUAUGGUGUCGGUGUUGAAUCCAACUGGCUGAUCCAUCAAAGUCUGUCAGAAGGAUUUCAACACAUUGAUGAUACUCAUCAUGUGUUGGAGUCAACUUCAGAGGGAUCUGGCUCUAGCAGUAGCUUUAAUUAUUUGAAAGAUGGGGUUGCAGACUCUCCUGUCAGCACACUAUUUGUCAAUGAGUUGAGUUCUGUAGUCAAUUCCGGGAUUAGUCGGGCAUGUAAGGAGAAGAAUUAUGAGGGUAUUGGAGAUAGUAGGGAAGAACUGGGUUAUGGAUCUAGGGGAAGGAAGAAUCUUCAUAGAGAAAAUUCUGGUCAGGUGGAAGAAAGGAGUGCAAAACAACUAGCUACUAACAAUGAGGAAUAUUCGGAAAUGGAGAAGUUUGAUGAUGCAUUGAUGAUUAGUAAGGAAGAAAACAAUGAUAUUUUAACCUGUAUCAGCAAUAACGCGGUUAAGGAUGCCAGUCAGGAUUCAGAGCAGGAAGAAGAACCAAAAGGGUCCAAGAGUAAGCGUAGAGCUAAGCGUGGUAAGAAAAAGACUAGUACAGAAGUGGUGGAUCUUAGGACUCUCCUCAUUCAGUGUGCAGAAGCUGUAUCAUGUGCUGAGCUUAGAACUGCAAAUGAGCUACUCAAGCAAAUUAGGCAGCAUGCUACGCCAUUUGGUGAUAGUGUCCAGAGGAUAGCACAUUAUUUUGCAAAUGGCCUUGAAGCACGUAUGACCGGUACAGGCUCAGAGCUAUACAAAGCUUCUGAUUGGAAGCGAUUUUCAUCCUAUGAUAUCUUGAGAGGCUACAGAUUAUAUGUUUCUGCUCUCCCUUUCCAACGGACCACUCAUUAUGUAGCCAAUCAGACAAUAGCAAAGUUGGCUGAAAAAGCACCGAAAAUACACAUUAUUGAUUUUGGCAUCUUUAUGGGUUUCCAAUGGCCCUGCCUAAUUCAAACUCUCUCAAGAAGACCUCUUGGCCCUCCAAGGCUUAAAAUUACGGGAGUAGAUAAUCCCAAGAGUGGUUUCAAACCUGCACAGACAGUUGAAGAGACAGGUAGAAGAUUAGCAGGUUACUGUGAGAGAUUUGGGGUGCCUUUCGAGUUUCAGGCCAUUGCACAGCGGUGGCAUACCAUAAAGCCAGAAGAUUUCAACAUUGAAAAGGAUGAGCUUGUAGUAGUUUCCUGUCUUUAUAAGUCAAGAAGGCUGCCUGAUGAGACUGUUGAUGCUGGCAGCCCGCGGGAUACUUUCUUGAAGUUGGUAAGGAGCUUAAAUCCUGAUCUAUUCAUCAAUGGUGUUGUCAAUGGAACAUUCAAUGCUCCCUUCUUCAUCACUCGGUUCAGGGAAGCACUUUACCACUACUCUUCUUUGUUUGAUGUGUUUGAAGCUACCAUGCUUCGUGAAGAUCAGCAAAGGCAACUGAUCGAAAAUUACUUAUAUGGUAAAGAUGCCAUGAACAUAGUAGCGUGCGAGGGGAGUGAGAGAAUUGAGAGACCAGAGACAUACAAGCAGUGGCAGGUGCGCCACAAGAGGGCUGGAUUCAUGCAGAUACCACUGGAUCAAGGAAUUGUAAAUAAAGCAAGGGCAAUGGUAAGAGCAAAUUACCAGAAGGAUUUUAUGGUGGAGCAAGACAGGCAUUGGUUGGUUCAGGGUUGGAAAGGAAGGAUUUUGUUUGCCAUAUCCUGUUGGAAACCUACUUAAAUGAUCAAAGUGAACAUUAACAUGUUAUUUUAUUCUGUUGUGAUUCAAUGCCAAAAAUAUGUUAAUCAUUCUGCUGCAUCAGAAAUGAAUAUAGGAGUAAUAGCUGAAAUCAAAAUUACUCAAAACUUUUUGUAGUAAUUUCAAAGUCAUGUAAUGUUGCUGGUAAAUCUGAAUUAAAAUCUAUAAGAUACUGACCUUUUCAGAUUUUCCCUUUCAAAAUGUUUGACAAUUCAUGAAUUCAAUGCUGUCUUUUUAUUUGGUUUAUAGGAUUAUUGCCUUAUUGGUGACUUUGAUAGUUACCUGGUGAUUCCUGUGCCUAGAUUACUUUUUAUCUUUUUAUUUUUUGGUUUCUGGAUGCUGCCAUCUUAUGUGGAUCUUCCAGAGUGCAUUCAGUCCUGGUGGUUCUGCCGAUAUCUAACUGAUCUAAGACAAGCUAGCAGAAAAGAGUUUUUUGGGCAUUUAUGUCACAUUUUUUA